AUGGCCAGGCACCUAGUCCAUCGGCUGCACACACUAUCUAUGGCCAGGCACCUAGUCCAUCGGCUGCAUUUCACUGAAAAUGGCCAUCUAGUCCAUCGGCUGCACAUACCAUCUAUAAAAAAGGCACCCAGUCCAUCGGCUAUACACACAUUCUCUGGCCAGGCACCCAGUCCAUCGGCUGCACACACUAUCUAUGGCCAGGCACCAAACAUCGGCUGCACACACUAUCCAGGCACCACCCAGUCCAUCGGCUGCACACACCAUCUGGCGGCCAGGCACCUAGUCCAUCGGCUGCACACACUAAAUCUAUGGCCAGGCACCUAUCCAUCGGCUGCACACACUAUCUAUGGCCAGGCACCUAGUCCAUCGGCUGCACACACUAUCUAUGGCCAGGCACCUAGUCCAUCGGCUGCACACACUAUCUAUGGCCAGGCACCUAGUCCAUCGGCUGCACACACUAUAUAUUCGUCACCCAGUCCAUCGGCUGCACACACUAUCUAUCACAGGCACCUAGUCCAUCGGCUGCACAUUAUUUUCUAUGGCCAGGCACCUAGUCCAUCGCAGACACUAUCUAUGGCCAGGCACCUAACUAAAAAGACGCAAGCUGCCGACAGACUGCCGACAGAAGCUAACAGACUAAAAGACGUGCAAGCUGCCGACAGACUAAAAGACGUGCAAGCUGCCGACAGACUAAAAGACGUGCAAGCUGCCGACAGACUAAAAGACGUGCAAGCUGCCGACAGACUAAAAGACGUGCAAGCUGCCGACAGACUAAAAAUUAAACUAAAAGACGUGCAAGCUGCCGACAGACUAAAAGACGUGCAAGCUGCCGACAGACUAAAAGACGUGCAAGCUGCCGACAGACUAAAAGACGUGCAAGCUGCCGACAGACUAAAAGACGUGCAAGCUGCCGACAGACUAAAAGACGUGCAAGCUGCCGACAGACUAAAAGACGCAAGCUGCCGACAGACUAAAAAGACGUGCAGCUGCCGACAGACUAAAAGACGUGCAAGCUGCCGACAACCAAAACGUGCUGCCGACAGACUAAAAAGACGUGCAAGCUGCCGACAGACGACGCAAGCUGCCGACAGACUAAAAGACGAAGCUGCCGACAGACUAAAGACGCAAGCUGCCGAAGACUGCCGACAGACUAAAAAAAGACGUGCAAGCUGCCGACAGACUAAAAGACGAAGCAGCCGACAGAAAGACGUGCAAGCUGCCGACAGACUAAAAAGACGUGCAAGCUGCCGACAGACAAAAGACGACUGCCGACAACUAAAAAAAGACGUGCAAGCUGCCGACAGAAGAAAAACAGACGUGCGCAAGCUGCCGACAGACUAA